UGAGAGGAGUGGCAGAGGGAGAACAGAAGACGAAGAAAAUCUCUUUAGUGUGGAUCAGAGCAAACACGCCGAGAUGCAGUGCCUCCAAGAGCAGGACGCUCUCAUCAUCCCUAAGCCUCGUGGGACUUUGCCUAAGGUGUGUGCUGUGGUGCUGGCUGCCAUGACAAUAGGGGGCACAGUGUUUCUGUCUCCUGAAAGGUUAUUUGGAUGGAUUGCCAUGGUAAUACUAAUCCUGACCCUCGGUCCCCUGCUACACGGACUCUGUCUGCUAGCAGAGGAGAUGCUUUAUCAUUCAGACACAAGGUACCGAGGCCGAGGGCUUCUGAGCGACGUGCUGCCAGCCUGUGGUUUCGGGGGAAAGACCCUGCUGGCUGCGGGGCUGGCAGGCCUUCUGCUCUACCUGGCUGGAAAUCCUCUGCCACACAACGGCCAAUGCUGGAAACUCCUAAUCCUGGCCUCGGUUCUUUACGCACUGUUCAAAAGCCUUGGACUCCUGGGUCCGUCGGAGGUGGAGGUGUCAGACAUCUGCGAGGGGAGGAAGAUGAAUGUGGCCCACGGCCUGGCCUGGUCCUUCUACCUGGGCUACCUGCGACUAGUGCUGCCAUGUUUAGAGGCCUCCAUCGCAACAUUUCGCAUCACACAUCAGGCUAGCAGAACCUCCUGGGGUCGCGGCUCCAGGAAGCUCCUUAUCCUCAUACCUCUCAAUGCUAACAUAUCUCACAAGCUGGAGGAAGAAGAUGACCACAUCCAUUUCAUUGACAACCUCCCCAACACUGAGAUAGACAGGGCAGGAGUCCGGGGGCGGGUCUACAAGCACAGCGUCUACAGCGUAUUGAAUGAGCAGGGGAAGGCCCAUGAGUGCGUGGUGGAGUAUGCAACGCCUCUGCUGACAAUGUACAACAUGUCUCAGGAGAGCAGUGCAGGUUUUGGGGAGCCCAAGCGCAGACAGCAGGUCCUGCUCUUCUACAGGACCCUGCAGGACAUACUGGAGCACUCGCUGGAGUGUCGCAACCGCUACAAACUCAUCCUGCUUAAUGAUGAGCAUGAAGACGACCCUCACUUCCUGUCUAAAGCUAUCCUCAGACACCUGCAGCAGCAGGAGAAAGAGGAGUUCUGCCUCACCCCACCUCCUCAUCAGGAAAUGGAUCACCCGCUUGCGAGUACGUCAAGUGCUCCGCCAAGCGCUCCACCUUUGAACAAUUACUGGCAUAACCCUGAGCCAAUGAGCAGGGAGCCUACGCUCAUGUUUAGCCUGGAGAAACCUCAGCCUCUAAGAGAACCUGUCGAGAACACUGACUUUUAUCAAGGAAAAACAUAAACACAUGGGUUGAGGACCAGUGACAGGUGGUACCAAGAUUAUAGGUUUGGUUUCAACAUUGUGGGGGGUGAGUAUUAAACAGGAGGUCGGGGGGCUCUUCCCCAGAAGACAAAAGUGUAAAAUACUUAAUUUUACUGCAAUCUGUUACAUUUCUAUGCCCAAUUUAUGAUAAAUGUCUUGAUUUAUGUCAAGGAUAACACAACAGCAAGUGACAAUUCAAAAUAUAACAGAACAUAGUGCAGUAAGGCUCUCAGGUAUUCUGUAUAACUUUAAAAUAUUUAUUCUUUAGAAAGUUUAUUUUCUAAGCCAUGAUACUUACUACUCAUGUGCAACACAACAAAAUGAUGAAAUUAAAAGUUGCAGGUCAGCUUUUCUUAUUUAAUAAUAUCCCUGCUGAGUCAACACGCACAUGUUGGUAAUUUUAAGAAAGAAGUUGUAAUAAUGUGAGACAGCCUUAAUGUUAUGUUAAUAAAGUCCUAAUUUCAUGAGAAUAAAGUCAUAAUAUUUAAAGAGAAACUCUUCUUACCCUAUAGUCUGCUGUGCAUUACAUUACUUGUCUGCUGAUGAGGUAGUAUCCGCUUCACAGGGUUUUCCGGUCAUGAAUUUUCUCGAAAGUUAUGAAUUUAGAAAAACUGUUUUCAGGCCUGGAAAUGUUUUAGAAUUAAAGAAUGUUCUGGAAAAAGUUUUGAAUAUAUAUUAUUUCAGCCACUAUUUGAAAUAUGUUCAUAAAAAAUACUCCAAAAAAUAUCUACCAUUUCACAAAAUAAGUUCUGCGCUGCCUGACCAUUGAUUGGAUCUCCAUUUUU